UUCUCAUAGGAAGGAAUCUCAAUUGCUAACGAGGAAAAGAUAUGCUGCUGUGAUCACUAUGUUCCUCGGUAAUCUGAAUUCCAACUCCUCAUCUACUGGCACGUCUUGAAGAGGCUUUUGCGUCGGAGGAAAGGGUAGUUGACACCAUGUCUACUGAUGAAAAUAUUGAGACGCGUGGCACAUUGGCAUGAGGGUUUGAGCAGGAGUUCGAAGGGCUCAUGGGAGCACUGGGAGAGGGAAGAGUUCGAUAGGGGCUUUCGUAGUUUCAAAAGUUCUGUCGUUGGUUUGGUAGUUCGAGUUUUCUUUGAAGCACAAGUUGAUCCACCGCUGUUUGAAAUCCUUCUCCAACCUCUGAUUCCUCAUGUUUUAGCCUCGUCUCUCCUGGUCUCGUAGGCUGUGCAGGCUUGGUAUACACCGAUGGUUUCUGUACCUUGAGCAUGUAAGGUAGCGAAGAUAGAGUUUGCAGAACCGAG